UAGCAAACUCCAAUUUAACAUAUAAAUGAAAAAUCAUUAAUCUUAGAACAAUAACAAUUUUAACAAGGCAAAGACAUGUUUUUUUCACAAAUCAACUCUAAUGCAAAACCUCCUAGACCACAAAGAACCUACAAUACAGAAAAUAAUUUCAUAAAAUUGACUUUAUAAAACUCUGAAAAUGAAAAUUAAAUAACAAAUAUCCAAUAUAAUUAAUAGAAUUAAAUUAAAGAGAUUGUGAAUAAGCUAAAAGAAUAACAUGGCAAUCAAAAUAUCAUUCUUCAAUACGAAAAUACUAUCUUACAACCAGAAUUAAGCUUAUAACAAUAAAUAAGGGAAAUAAGAAACAAUAUAACUCUCAAAUAUAAAAUCGAUUCAUAAGAACUAUAACCUCCAGCUUAAUUAAUUAAUUCUAAUUACACUGUGGCAACUAUAACAAAAUAAUAGAGAAGCAAAGUCACUCUACAAAAAUAAUUAAGCAAUGCUUUUAAAAUUAAAACAGAAGUUUUUCCUUCAUAACAAUUGGAUUUCUAAGUUCCUGAAAAUAAUUUUGAGAAUGGAGAUAAUAAUUAUUCAUCAUUGUAGAAUUUCUUUUCUGGUCGAAAAAGAUUUUUGCAGACAGUAAUUGAAUAAAGUCCUGAUAAUCAACUAAGAAAUAAAUAGCCUUGUGAGGUUAACCAAUUUAGAGUUAAGAGUUCUAAACCUGAUAACUAAUAAUUAAAUAACCUAUAAUAAAGACCAAGAGAUAAAAGAAUAGAUUUGGUUAGACAUAUUUCAAAUCCAAAUCCAGGUCCAAAUGUUCAAUAACCUAUGGAGAAUAUCCCAAUAAUAGUCGAUUCAUAAAGUAUUAAUUAAAAUCAAAACGAUAUUUAUUAAAAUUAAUUAUAUUAUCAGGAAGAACAAAAGCAUAAUAAUUAACUUUAAUAAAUACUUGUAAAUACUACUAAAUACCUUUUUUUCAAGUGUUAAACCAACGAUUGCAAUUAUUUUUGUAUAGUGACCUAUUUUCAUAAUUAAAAUUAUUAUUGCCAAAACUGUGACAAGUUAAGUGUUAUAGUUGAUUUUCAUUUAAAAACCUUAACUUUUUAAUGUUGUCACACUUUAAACUGUUUUGAUAUCAUCAGAAAAGUGUAAAAUGCUAUAUAAAAUGAAUAACUUGCUCGUUGUAGUGAUUGUAAAUAAGAGUUAGAUUAUAGACUGAUUAAAUGCUUCGAUAAAUCUAAAUACUAUAUUAAUAUAAAAUUAAUAAUUGAUGCUUAACUUUUGAAGCGCUCAAUAUUGAAGAAUACAUAAUUAAGAAUUGCUGAAUGCACAGGAUCCGAUUGUAAUUUUUAUACCAUAUGGGAUUCUAAUAAAAAUUAAAUACAUUAAGGAUUUUGUAUUUCGUGUAACUAGAGAAUUGCUUUUCGUAUGGAAGUUAAGUUAAAUUUUCUUAAUAAGAUUGAUUGUGGACAUGAACUAUCAGCAUAGUAAUGA